GCGCUCACUUUCCUCCUUCUCUCCCUCCGCCCUUCUUCACAGCACUUUUGGGGCCCGGUCGCCAACUGGGGUCUUCCCAUUGCCGCCAUCAAUGACAUGAAAAAGUCCCCGGAGAUCAUCAGCGGGCGGAUGACAUUUGCCCUCUGCUGCUACUCCCUGGCCUUCAUGAGAUUCGCCUACAAGGUCCAGCCCCGGAACUGGCUGCUCCUGGCCUGCCACGCCACGAACGAGGUCGCACAGCUGGCCCAGGGGACCCGGCUGAUCAAAUACGAGUAA